UCGUGGAAAUGGCUAUUAUUAUUAUUGUAUCGUUUACACUAUGAUUAUCACUGGUUCAAUAAGCACAGCAGGUUCUGAUAUAGCACCUGAGAAGAGAUUGAACUAGUGGACUUUAACGACACACUCUCACCCAUGAAGAGUUGGUACUCUAAAAGUAAAUGGAAUCUCUAACAAUGUCCUUGAAAGCUAAAAUAAGUAUCGAGUAGCAACUCUGCGAGUUGUAGCUCAUUGAAAUGUUAAUCAWGGGGAUAAUAGUUUUGUUAUUAUAUGGACUGUUAGUAUCGGCUGAUAGGCACCAGCAAGAUCACCAUGAUAAACACAAGAAUAUCAAAGAUAUUGCUCUWAAAAUCGAGAAGGAUUUYCUAAGYCUUUCCAAGCCUGGCGAGAAAGGAUCAACAAGAGCAGUACCAAAAUUGGAUAUUAUAUUUGCAUUAGACGCAAGCAAUCAUACUAAUCAAGACUUCUUUGAAUAYCAGAAAAACUUGACCAGAGCACUGAUAGAGCCUUUUAGUGUAUCUCCUAGCCAGGCACGGAUCGCCAUCGUUUCUUGCUCUAGUGUUUAUACGCAUUUUAAUUUCUUCUUCGACAAGUUUGUCAACAAGGAAUGCGUACUUGAUUUCAUUCCAACAUUAAGAUACCAAAACAAAGAUCGUGCAGUUGGCUCCUGUUUAGAGUCCAUUCACUGGCAAGCAUUUGAAAAUUUUGACAAUGUGCGAAAAGACGCUAAGCAUGUAGUGUUUAUCAUAUCAGGAGGAAAUUCAUCCGAUGGUUAUAGCCUUUCACUGGCAGCCAAAAAACUUGGUGUGGAAAUAUACGGUUUAAGCUUUGGUAGCAAGCAUGGCUAUCUUCAAUUACGAAGAGUCGUCAGUCAUCCCAUAAGCAAACAUAUUUUUCAUAUGCAACACAUUAGAGACGCAAAAUCAUUGGUAAAGAKGCUACAAGGUAAUAUGGCGAUACUUGCAAAUCAACGAAGUGAAAAUAGUUGUUUUCAGGUUCAAAUCUAAGGUCACAUCGUCGAAUAUAAGACUUAAAAGAAACAUGGUAG